GGGGUUCCAGAAGCCUUCUUUAGAACAUGGAGAGCUGUUAGUUGGGCAGGGCUGAAGCGUACGUGGUGAGGAAGAAGAGGCUCCUACUGUAGACAGCCUUGUUCUACAGAUCCUCCCAGAAAUCUCUGGGCCAGGUGGAACCCAGGGUCAGAGAGGGAUGGGAGAGAGGUUUAAUUUUCCAUGAUAAAUAAAAAUCUAUAAAAUAAUAAACAAGAGAAAAGAGAUUGGAAACAGCCAGGUUGGAGUAGUGAGUGAGUAAGGAAACCUGGCUGCCCUCUCCAGAUUCCCCAGGCUCUCAGAGAAGAUCAGCAGAAAGUCUGCAAGACCCUAAGAACCGUCAGCCCUCAGCUGCACCUCCUCCCCUCCAAGGAUGACAAAGGCGCUACUCAUCUAUUUGGUCAGCAGCUUUCUUGCCCUAAAUCAGGCCAGCCUCAUCAGUCGCUGUGACUUGGCCCAGGUGCUGCAGCUGGAGGACUUGGAUGGGUUUGAGGGUUACUCCCUGAGUGACUGGCUGUGCCUGGCUUUUGUGGAAAGCAAGUUCAACAUAUCAAAGAUAAAUGAAAAUGCAGAUGGAAGCUUUGACUAUGGCCUCUUCCAGAUCAACAGCCACUACUGGUGCAACGAUUAUAAGAGUUACUCGGAAAACCUUUGCCACGUAGACUGUCAAGAUCUGCUGAAUCCCAACCUUCUUGCAGGCAUCCACUGCGCAAAAAGGAUUGUGUCCGGAGCACGGGGGAUGAACAACUGGGUAGAAUGGAGGUUGCACUGUUCAGGCCAGCCACUCUCCUACUGGCUGACAGGAUGCCGCCUGAGAUGAAACAGGGUGCGGGUGCACCGUGGAGUCAUUCCAAGACUCCUGUCCUCACUCAGGGAUUCUUCAUUUCUUCUUCCUACUGCCUCAACUUCAUGUUAUUUUCUUCCCUUCCCAUUUACAACUAAAACUGACCAGAGCCCCAAGCAUAAAUGAUUUUCUUGGCUUCCUCCUUACUCCCAUCUGGACCCAGUCCCCUGGUUCCUGUCUGUUAUUUGUAAACUGAGGACCACAAUAAAGAAAUCUUUAUAUUUAUCGAAAUAUUAAAGCACUCGCUCUGCAAA